GGACUGGAGCAGAAGGUCCUCGUGUUUGUGGUCCAGACAUUGGGGACCUGAGGGGCUUCAGAUGACAAUUAUAAGGGGAUUGUAAUGAGGGAAAGGACUUUGCGAUGACUUUGAGCCAAUGUCGGGAGUGAGGACCGGGAGGUUCCGCUGACGCGAUGGGAAUGGGCGGAACUUAGAGUCAGGAUUCGCAGUCGGAGCGAUAAUGGGCAGAGUUUGCGAUCUCAAGUGGUUUCUCCUCAGCGCUGUGUGUCUGAGCGGUCGGUGCUCUCCCGGAGCUCCCGCACCGCCACCGGGAAACAUCGCCAUCAUUGGCGCUGGGAUCGGAGGGGCAUCAGCAGCCUAUUUUAUGCGGCAACAGUUUGGAAAAGAGGUUAACAUUGAUGUGUACGAGAGCGAGAAGGUCGGAGGGCGAUUAGCGACAGCAAGUCUUGGAGGCAGAGAAUAUGAGACGGGAGGUUCUGUAAUCCAUUCCUUGAAUCUACAUAUGAAAGAUUUUGUAAAAGUUCUCGGUUUGAAGGAACAUUCAGGGCAGGAUGAGCUGCUCGCAGUGUAUGACGGGAGUCAGUUUGUGUUCGAACAAAGCGACUGGUAUAUCAUUAACUUCCUCAAAAUGGUCUGGUAUUACGGCUUUAACUUCCUGCGUGUUCAGAUGUGGGUGGAAGGCAUCCUGGACAGGUUCAUGAGGAUCUAUCGAUACCAGUCCCAUGGCUAUUCCUUCACAACCGUGGAGAAGCUUCUGGAAGCUCUCGGAGGUGCCGAGUUUGCUGGGAUGACUAACCAGUCCAUCGAUGAGGCUUUGCAGAAAGCUGGCAUCAGCCAGAAGUUCAUUAAUGAGAUGGUCAUUCCAGUCAUGAGGGUCAACUAUGGCCAGACUGUCAACAUCAAUGCCUUUGUAGGCGCAGUUUCUCUGACAGGUUCUGACUCUGAUCUGUGGGCGGUGGAAGGUGGGAAUAAGCGUGUUUGCUCUGGCUUACUCUACUCAGCCAAAGCGCACGUCAUCACAGGCAAAGUCACAUCAGUGGGCUUCAAGAAUAGGCCUCAGCGAAAUGGCAAAGUUUCCAUGUUUUACGAGGUGAAUUAUGAAACUGAGUUGGGUACAGAUUACAGCAUGUAUGAUGUGGUGGUUAUUGCUGUCCCACUGCGCUCCGGGAAGCCCAAUAUCACUUUCCAAGACUUCUCCUUGCCCGGGAAGAAUCUCCUUGGCCAAUACCAGCAGACUGUGAGCACGCUUAUCCAUGGUCGCUUAAACACUUCCUAUUUUGGUUACCCGGACCCCAGAUACUUUCGUUCCACGACCAUCCUUACAAUGGAGUACGCUGAUGGUUUUUUUCUCAGUGUUAGUGCUUCAAAUCCAGUCGAAUUGCCCACUCAAAUGCCCACUCAAGCUCGUGUGUGGAAAGUGUUCUCCCCUGAACCCCUCACCAAAGACCAGCUGGGUCAACUGUUUACGUCCUACACGACUGUGCACGAGACCAAAUGGUCAGCCUAUCCUCGCUACAGUUCCAGAGUGGCAAUCCCACCCAUUAUUCUGCACAAUCACGUCUACUACCUGAAUGCCAUUGAAUGGGCAGCAAGUGCCAUGGAAAUGAGUGCCAUUUCUGCCAAGAACAUAGCUCUCCUUUCGUUCCAUCGCUGGUACCAGCGUCUCGACAGGAUCGACCAGGAUGGGUUGCAACAGAAACUUAAAUCUGAACUUUGACCCAGAGAUGCUUCUGUGGUGGUAAGGACAACUAUGAACAAACAUGAGGUCCCAAAAUAUCGUCUAGUCUUAGCCUCUGACAUUAAAUUCCAAUCGUCAAUUCCAAUUGGGAUGUCGUCUCGAUGUGAUUUGUAUUGUAUUCCAACAAUUUAUCUCUGAGGCUUCAGUGUGCAGGUGCGAUGCAUGGAAUUCUCAGCUUGGUUUGGAGACUCUCAAGCACAGUGAUGGGUUGCCACGUGUGUCAGACAUCCGAAAGUUUUUUCUCAAUUAAGAUCGUGCAAAGUUGUGGAAAAUUCUUGAAUCUAGUCUUAAUUUAGAGGUUGGGUUUUUGCACAUUUCUUGAGAAAGCCAGCUUCCAAAUUAAGACCAAAUUUGAGGAGUUUUCAUUAUUCUCCUCAAUGUUAAAUUUGAAGAUAAAAUAAUCGCCCAGGCUGAGCACUGGUGGAAUUUGGGGGUUGAGAUUUUUAUCUUCAUAUUAAAGUUCAGUUUCCUGGCAAAA